CCUCGCUCACUCGGAAAGUAUCGAAGAGCCGCCCCCACUCCAAUGGCCCCCUUCUCCAUCUCUCUCUCUCAAUCCUCUCAUAUCUCCCUCAAACCCAAAACCUCUCCUCCCAAAUCCCACUUCGUCAAAUCCCAUUUCGUUCAAAUCAAAGCGUCCGCUCCCUCUACCCCCUCUCCAUCAACCCCGCCGAAGCCAGUAGUCUCCAAACCCCGCCGCCCCGCCGACGAAAACAUCCGCGAUGAAGCCCGCCGGAAUAACCCCACCCACUCCCACCGCUUCUCCGCCAAGUACGUCCCAUUCAACGCAGACUCUUCCCACUCCACCGAGUCCUACUCCCUCGAUGAGAUCGUCUACCGCUCCCGAUCCGGCGGCCUCCUCGACGUCCAGCACGACAUGGACGCACUGAAAAACUACGACGGAAUAUACUGGCGUGAACUCUUCGACUCCCGAGUUGGCAAGACUACCUGGCCCUACGGCUCCGGCGUCUGGUCCAAGAAGGAGUGGGUCCUCCCCGAGAUCGACAGCGACGACAUCAUCAGCGCAUUCGAGGGCAACUCCAACUUAUUCUGGGCCGAGCGUUUCGGGAAACAGUUUCUGGGAAUGAACGAUCUCUGGGUAAAACACUGCGGGAUCAGCCACACUGGGAGUUUCAAGGAUCUGGGCAUGACCGUGCUGGUUAGCCAAGUCAAUCGUCUCCGCAAAAUGAAACGCCCGGUCGUCGGCGUCGGAUGUGCCUCUACCGGAGACACCUCCGCCGCUCUCUCAGCAUAUUGCGCCGCUGCUGGAAUCCCGUCCAUUGUCUUCUUGCCCGCUAAUCGAAUCUCAAUCGCUCAGCUGGUUCAACCAAUUGCAAACGGUGCAUUCGUCUUGAGCCUCGACACAGAUUUCGACGGCUGUAUGCAGUUAAUUCGGGAGGUAACUGCCGAAUUGCCGAUUUAUUUAGCGAAUUCGUUGAAUAGUUUGCGAUUAGAGGGUCAAAAAACCGCUGCGAUUGAGAUCUUGCAACAGUUUGAUUGGAACGUACCCGAUUGGGUUAUAGUUCCGGGCGGAAAUCUCGGAAAUAUAUAUGCAUUUUACAAAGGGUUCCAUAUGUGUAAGGAGUUAGGGCUGGUUGAUAGGAUUCCCAGACUUGUUUGUGCUCAGGCGGCGAAUGCGAACCCUCUUUACUUGCAUUACCAAUCGGGGUGGAAAGACUUCAAGCCCGUAAAGGCGAACUCCACGUUUGCGUCCGCCAUUCAAAUCGGGGAUCCAGUUUCGAUUGAUAGAGCGGUAUAUGCACUCAGGAAUUCUAAUGGGAUCGUCGAGGAGGCGACAGAGGAGGAACUGAUGGACGCAAUGGCGCAGGCGGAUUCGACCGGGAUGUUUAUCUGUCCUCAUACUGGGGUGGCGUUGACGGCCUUGAUUAAGCUAAGGAAUAGUGGGGCGAUAGGGCCGACAGAUCGGACGGUGGUGGUUAGCACGGCACACGGGUUGAAGUUCACGCAGUCGAAGAUCGAUUACCACUCCAUGAAUAUCAAGGAUAUGACUUGCCGGCUGGCAAAUCCACCAGUCCAGGUUAAGGCGGAUUUUGGGUCGGUUAUGGAUGUUUUGAAGAAGAAUUUGCUGAGCAACUGCAAGGCACCCAAUCACUAGGCCUGAUUGUGAGCAUUGUAAGUUUUGCUCAUGUCAUUUUACCUGUGAUCUUCUUCGUGGAUGCUUCGCUGUAGGACAAGAAAAUGCUUAGAACACAGAAUAUGUUGUUUGCUGGACAAGCAUUUCAUAGUCAAUUUUGGAUAACUCCGAACUGCCGUUUUAAUUAUACGACGACAUUUCUGUUGGUGAGCUUUUUUAUCUUCUUCGAGUGUUUAGUUGCCUUUCUAUAUGUCAGAGCAUACUCUGCAUUGUUUUGUAGUGUGCUUUUGCUGUUGACUUCAUUGCUCUGCAGGACAAAUGAUUUCCCACUAUUUCAGCAUUUAUGUACUUCAAUGAGCAUUUCUAGUUGUUUUCUA